UGUAUAUUUUCCUUGUCAAAGUGUAUAACGAACGUAACGCGAUUUUAUGGUUUUACUUUCAAUCAAAGGAAAAAGUGAUUUUUUAAUAAUUCAAUUCAUUUAAAUCGAACUAAAAGUGUGUCGAAAAUUCUGAUAAAAUGGACUACGAAGACAUGGUGAUCGCAGAGGAACCAAAUUUAUCUGAACGUAAGGAAGCAGGAAAGCGAGGAAGAAAACCGGGACGCAAAGCAGCAGCUGAUAAGGUUGAUAUGAAGGCAAAACUUGAAAGAAGUCGUCAGAGCGCUCGUGAAUGUCGAGCUCGUAAGAAGCUACGCUAUCAAUACUUGGAAGAACUUGUAGCUGACCGUGAGAAAGCUGUUUUGUCAUUGCGUGCUGAAUUGGAAAAGUACCGACAAUUUGCAUCAGAAUUGGAUGCUGGCCGAUUUCCAGAAGAGAUGCAGGCAAUAUUGGAAGAAGUCGGUGCUUUGAAACAAGAAUAAGUGUAACUGGAUUUCGGUUUAUAAGUUGAAGAUUUGAAAGUUGGUGUUUGUGUUAUUGAGUUUGCGACUGUUCAAUUCAAGUUUUUGUUUGUUUGUUUCCUCUUUUUCACAACUUUUUUCUAUUAUUUUUUAUAAAAAUCUGAUAUUUAUAUGUUUUAACCAUUUAAAAGGCAUUUGCUUCAAACAUAUGAAUUUCAUGUGGACAGUACAAAUAAAGGAUAUUUUCGUAAAA